GGCGUCGUUUCAUAACGUGACACCUGCCUGAGGGGCGGGGCUAAACUGACCGAGAGCGGAGCUCAGCUGGGCGCGUCCUGUACUGUUUUUAUCAGCAGCACCAGUUUCAGUUGAGACAUUUUAGGUGGGGACGAAUCCAGCGACGACAGAUUCUUUUCACAGAGGAACCAGUGGAACGAGCAGUAAUGUCCUCCAGGCCCAACGGGAGUCCACCUCCCUACGAGUCAGAUGGAUAUAACGUCCCUCCCCAGCCAGCCUAUUCCUACUAUCCAGAUGACGAGUUCCAGCAUUUCUACCGCUGGACUUCGCCACCAGGCAUCCUCAAAAUCAUGGCCAUCAUCGUCAUUGUGUUGUGCGUGGCCAUAUUCGCUUGUGUUGCUUCCACUCUGGCUUGGGACAGUCAGGGAGCUAUGAAUGGCUUUGGCUACGGAGGAUACGGAGGGGGUUACAGCUCUUUUGGUGGCGGUGCGUAUGGACCUGGUAGCAACUAUGGCUAUGGUGGAAUUGGGGGGAACUACAAUGACCCUCGAUCGGGCAAAGGGUUUAUGAUUGCCAUGGCAGCCAUCAUCUUCAUCGUAUGCCUGGCCAUCUUCAUCAUCAUCGUGUCUCACCAGAGCCUAUCAGAGAGCAGGAAGUUCUACCUAGCGGUGUUGAUCUCGUGCGCCAUCCUAGCGCUGCUAAUGCUAAUAGCCUCCAUAGUAUACUUGAUAGCGGUGAACCCCAUGGCUCAGUCGUCUGGAUCAGUCUACGGCAACCAGAUCGCUGCUCUUUGCUCUCAGUACCAGCAACCUCAGACUUCAGGAGUGUUGGUCAAUCAGUACCUUUACCACUACUGCGUUGUGGAGCCCCAAGAGGCCAUCGCAGUGGUGUUUGGCUUCCUGGUCGCCAUCGCUCUGAUCAUCAUCCUCGUCUUCGCUCUGAAGACCCGACAGAAAAUCCAGAACUAUGGCAAGAGCAACAUUUUGUGGAAGAAGGUGAAGGUUGUGGACGAGCUGGAGCCACCCACAGAUGUAGAGGCGUGGGUGAACAACGUUUCCGUUUCCCCGGAGGCGGUCCCCAUGUCCAACUACCCCGAGAAGCUGAGAGGCUCCAGGAGUCACCUGGACGACGAAAGCACAAACUAUGACAAACCCCCCUACACCCCACAGCCUCCAAUGGAAGACGACCUGCCUUUGCAUAAUGGGGUUCCCUACAGCACAAACUCGGAGGUGGCGAGCUCGGCCGGAAGGCCCAAAAGGAGGCACGACUACAAUGACGACUACAACUCCUCAGGAGACGAGCUGGACGACGACGACUUCGACAGUGAAUUUCCUCCAAUAGCAAACGAGCAGGAGCGCAAAGACUACAAGCGCGAAUUCGACCGCGACCACCACGAGUACAAAGACCUGCAGGCGGAGCUGGACGCCCUCAACAAGAACCUGUCGCAGCUGGACAGAGAGCUGGACGACCUGCAGGAGGGCAGCCCGCAGUACCUGGAUGCGCUGGAUGAGUACAACAGGAUCAAGAGCCUGAAAAAGACUUCAGAUUACCAGGUGAAGAAGCGCAGGUGUAAAUACCUGAAGGCCAAACUGAACCACAUCAAGAGGAUGGUCAGCGAUUACGACCGCAGGGCCUGAACAGCUCUGUCCUGUCCGAGACGCGACAGAAGGGACUGAAUGUGAUUGGCCGCUGUUGACGUCGGGUGCGUGAGGCCUUUCUGACACCAGACGACUGUGGAGGACGCCACGGCGGUGAUGUACAUCGAACACAGAAGCUCCCACAGCGUGUGAGCUGACGUGAAACAAUGUAAAGGUUGUGUGGAGGAAAAUGUUCUGUCUUUGUGUUAUGCCACAGUUUGUAUUAUGAGCAUCACCUGCCAUAGAUUCUGUUAAGUGUAUUUAUUUGCCACAUGUGGUCUGAAAUAGUCUCCUUAUGGAGGAAUUAUGUAACUAGAUUAUGGAGAGAGCACAGACUAAAGCAUGACAACAGUACGUUUUUAAUAGCUCUUGCUACAAUGACUCAACAUGAGAUGUUCAUAUUUUAAUGUCUUUUAAUUCUCAUUUUUAACAUAAAACUGUAAAUAUGCGGGAAACACUGAUGUUUUUAAUGUUUUUAGCAGUUAAGAGAAGUGAGUUCACGUGAGUGUUGUGUGUUUCUUUAUCGAUGAUAGAACAAACACUUAGAAAUGAUGAUGCAUGUUUCACACAUGGUGAUGUACUUUUACAAUGAUUUGCAUUACAUAUAUUUUAUUUUAAUAAAUUCCUUUAUAAACA